GGAAAAAUACAUUUCAAUAUUCUGCUGCGAGUGCUAAGAGAUGACUAGGGAAAGGGAGACUUCAGGGUGGUAAUAGAGUGGUGAUCAAGGAUGGGAUAGUUGCGAAAAGGGAAUUGGGAGUAAGAUAUUGGUUGGAAGGGGGUAGGAUUAAAAAAAAAUGAUGGUUGUAAAAUAUAUAUGAACAGUGAGGUGAACAAGAGGUCAAAAAAGAGAUACAGUUGGAGUGGACAAAGCACAUUGUAGAGAGAGAAAGGAUUACGGGACUGAUAGUCAGUGGAACAAGUGGGCAGGGAGGUGCUUGAAUGUGAGAGUAGAAUUUGUUUUGUAAGAAGGUUUGAGAGCUGUACGAAUUGCGAAAAAUAUACUGGUGCUCCUGACAAUUCAAACUCAACAAGAGAAAAGUCUGGCUGUGAGGACCUGACAGUGCUAUGACUUGCAAAGAGUCUCUGUGGCAGCGUCCGUAUGUGAAUAUCUUCAAGCACUUCAAGGUGGAAGAAUGGAAGAAAUCAACAAAAGAAGGGGAUGUAAUGAGUUUUAUGGACAGAACCUUGAAGGCCACAGUUUACCGUAUCCGAGGAGCUAUCCCUGCUGGUAACUAUAUUCAGCUACCGAAAACUACCACUCAAUCGCUUGGACUGACUGGCCGUUACCUUUACCUCCUCUUCAAACCAGUUGCCUCCAAGUACUUUGUAGUUCACUUUGAUGCAGUCACUGAGGAUAGCCAAGUCAUUCGCAUUUCAUUCUCCAACCUCUUCAAAGAAUUCAAGUCCACAGCCACAUGGCUCCAGUUCCCCUUUAUUUGUGGUGCAGCCAAGGGAUUUGUAUAUAAUAGCACUGCAAAAACUGCAAAGGAAGACUUGGUGGGCCCUGCUCCUGUUGGUGUGCCAUGGAUAUGCCUAAUGAUGGAUCUUCAGUACAUCCUCUCAGUUUACCUUAAUCGGCGAUACAGCCACCUUAAGAACAUCAAACUCUGCUCAAACAUGCUUGUUAAGAAUAUCUUUACCAGUGACAUAAUAUUUGAGCCAAGUGUGACUGUCUCCAAAGCAAAACGGGAAGGGUUGGUUCUUCAAGAUGUGUGUCCAAUUCCACGAGAAAUGGCUUUCCUUGCGCCUAAAGGCGAAAAUUGGCAUGAUAUAUACGAUUAUAUCAGGUUUCCUUCAAGUGGAGCUAAGAUGCCAUUUGAUUCCAUUCAAAAGGGACAGUGCAGCCCAAGUGGAAAAGGUCUUCCAACAAAUCGCAGUCCAGUUAGAACAAAUCCAUGCACAUUGAGUGUUAGCAAGACAGUUCAAGACCGUGUUUCCCUCAUCCAGCAGAUUACCAGUCCAGAAGCAGCAUUUUAUAGAUCUAAAAGACGCCCUCUGGUGACAAAAAAUAUCCCAGAAAUACACUUUCAAGAGACUGUGCCAAAGUUCUCUCCUUAUAAAGGCGAAAGGUUUGAAGAUUGGAAGGAAAAUGACCAGGAAGCACCUGCAGCAAAGAGCGAUAGGAUUGUAAAAGUGAUUCCAAGGGAAGAUGGUGGGAUUCAUGUGUUUGCACAUCGAGGAGUUGGCAUUGCAGUCCAUAAACACAGCAGUGACGAGGGACUGCAGCCUGAUCCAAUAUUAAAAUUGAAGAAAAUUAUUGGAUUUGGAGGAAGCACUUUGAAAUAUGCUGUAUGGACCAAGUCUGGAUCAACUGUGGUCUACCCAUGUCAUGCCAUAGUUGUGGCAAUGGAAAUUGAGACAGGACGCCAGAAAUUUUUCAUUGGACACACUGACCGGGUUUCUGCUCUGUCUUUUAAUGGAAACACAACAUUGUUGGCAUCGGCGCAAACUGGAAAUCUGAGUGUGGUCCGAGUUUGGAACUAUUUUAAAGGGAGCUGCCUAGCCAUGUUUAGAACCCACGUGCAUUCAGUAUCGUGUCUCAGUUUUUCAUUCAGUGGGGCAGUGCUCUGUGGUGUUGGGAAGGAUGGACAUGGAAAAACUAUGGUGGUGGUUUGGAACACAGCAAAGGUCAAUCCAGAUGGUGAAGUUGUGGUGAUGGCGAAGGCUCAUACUGAGGUGGAUAUUCAGAUGAUGAAAAUAGCAUCUUUUGAUGAUACCAGGAUGGUGUCCUGCGGAAGAGACAACAUCCGUUUGUGGAGGAUCAGAAGUGGGGCCCUACGGUCUUGUCCAGUAAAUCUGAGUGAAUAUCACAGUUUAGAAUUCACGGAUGCAUCAUUUGAGGAGGGAAACUUAGCUGACAAAGAUCCUGAGGAUAGGACACUCUUUGCAUGCAGUAAGAGUGGGCACAUCCUCGAGAUUGACUACAAAAAUGUUGUGAUUAAGAAUGCUCGUCGGUUAUUCACUUCACAAACAAAGCAUUCACAUCGAAGGGAAAAGUCAACGUUCAACUCUGGUCCUGCUAUUGCGAUCAACAGUAUCAGUGUUUCUGCUGCCUUCUGUGCCACAGGGUCUGAUGAUGGUUACUUGCGUCUCUGGCCCCUAGAUUUCUCUACUGUUUUUCUUGAAGCCGAACACGAGAGUCCUGUCAGUGUGGUAAACAUUGAUCCUAAUGGACUAAAGGUCCUCGCUGCAACAUGUACAGGUAACCUGGGAUACCUGGAUAUAUCAAGCAGAGGCUACACUACUCUUAUGAGGUCACACACGGACAGAAUCCUGGCUUCCUCCAUGGAUGGAAUAAGGAGACAUCUUGUUACGGUGUCUGAAGAUGGCACCAUCCGUGUGUGGGAACUGGAUUCCAUGCAGCAAUUCUAUGACUUUGUGAGUCCCGGAGAGAUCCCAUGUGCUGUGAACUAUCACCCCAUACAGCAGAUUUUUGCCUGUGGAUUCAACAGUGGAGUGGUGCGAAUCUUUAACGUUGAGAAUUCCAGUCUCCUGUCUGAACAGCGACAGCACAGAGGGCAGGUGAUUGGACUGCUGUUCUCUCCUAAUGGAGAAUAUCUGUAUAGCGCUGGUUCUUUGGGUUCUCUGGCUCUAUACAAUGCCACAGAGGAGGAUCACCAUGUCAUUAGGCUUCUAGGCAAUGUUGUAGCGAGAGGUUGUGAUCGUGCCCCGGAUGCACUGACAGUGAGCAGUGAUGGUCGUUACUUGGCUAUGGUGGGCCCAACUGAACACAUUGUCACUGUGAUGGAUGCUUGCUCACUGGAUGAGGUAAUGCGUGUGGAUGUUAGUAUCCUCGACCUGGAGACCUCAACUCUUGAUACUGCUCUCAAAGUCUGCUACGCACCUGCCACAAUCAACCAGCUACUGGUGACAACAUCUUCCAAUAAGAUCCUAUGGCUGAACCCAAGGACUGGGAGACUGAUUCGACAGAUCUGUAAUGCACACAAAAAAGUCGCCUCGGCUAUAGCUGUGAGUGAGGAUGUUCAGUACCUGCUGACUGCUGGAGAAAAGGUCAUUAAAGUCUGGGAUUACCAUAUGAAACAGGACACUAAUUUUCAGGUGUUUAUUGGCCAUUCUGAAGCAAUUCAACAAGUCGCUUUCACUCCAGAUCAGUUGAGUGUAAUAAGUGUUGGAGAUGGAAUAUUUAUCUGGGAUUUUCUUGCUGGUUUAUCAGACCAGAAGGAGACUAAUGACAAUUUGCCGGUGGAAACAUUUGCCCCUCUUAGAGCUGAAGCUUCCUCAAAGGCAGAUGGCAGAGAACUGCUCAUGAGCAGUGGGAUGCCUCGUCAGUCGGUGCCGUUUCCUAGUUCCUCCCCACCCCGGCUUGAUAUCAGCGGCAUUGAAACUAAUCACCAGGGCGAACUCUUGUCCGAUUCUGAGAAUAAAUGUAGCCACAGCCAGCUGGGUGGCUCCCGAAGGAGAAAUGAAAACUCUUUCCUCCAUGUUCGUGAAGGCAUAUACAAGGAAAGUUUGUCGCCUUUCUUGAGGUCCAGUUGUGGUCAGGAGGAGCUGGAGCCGGAUGGACCAGCAGCAACACAAGUUGGAGAUGGAGAUUAUUUGCAAUCUUGUGCACAGCCAGAUUCAUACAAACAUUUCACUGCUAGAUUUAAGACCUCGUUUGUGUCUCAGAAUGCAGUUCCCUCUCCUGGCAAGAAGAAACUGAAAUUGAAAGUGGUCAACGGAUAUAAUGGAAAUGGGAGAGGAAACAUGGUCUGGAAUCCUGAUACAGCUCUGUUUGCCUACUCAUGUGGGUGCUUGGUGAUAAUUGAAGACUUGCACUCUGGGUCUCAAAGACAUUUAACUGGUCAUGUUGAAGAAGUCUCCACCCUUGCAUUGAGCCAUGAUGCACAGGAUCUCGCCUCAGCCUCUGGCGGCCAAGGUCAGGCCAGCAGUUGUAUUUUUAUUUGGAAUGUGACAAGUGGCACUUGUAAGAAAGUACUUUCUCAACAUACAACUGAGGUGCAAGCUAUGGCCUACUCCAGGGAUGAUCGGUUACUGAUAUCUGUGGGAGAUUACAGAGAUCUCACAAUUGCUUUGUGGGAUACCAGUGAUUAUGUGCUAUUAACCAUGACAAAGGUAUUGGAUGCUGUCCAUGAAAUAGCAUUUGACCCAACAACUGCCUGUGAAUUUGCCUGUGUUGGGGUGGGAGCUGUGCAAUUCUGGUUGUUGGAAAAGAAUGGCAGUGAUGUACAACUCAAGGUUCACAGAGUCCCAGUCCCCGAUGAGGUGGGCCUUGUGGAGCUCACUGCACUGUGCUACAACACAGAUUCUGUUCUUUAUACUGCUACCAGCACAGGGAAGGUCUGUGCUUGGGAUACCCAGUACAAUCGGUGCUUCAUGGUUUGGGAUGCAGAUGACGGAGAGAUUGGGAUUGUGAAGUGUCGAGGACACCGUUUAAUGACCGGUAGUAACGCAAAGAAGGUCCGGUUAUGGACAGUCACAGCAGUUCAGGAAAUGAGACUUGAGGGUACAGGAGCAAGGUCAAGUUCAGUGCUCCUGGAACAUGAAAUGGUUUUGGAUGGUACAGUGAUUAGUGCAGUCUUUGAUGAUAUCAUGGAUAUGGGUAUUGUGGGAACCACAGCAGGCACUCUGUGGUAUAUAAACUGGGCUGAGAACACCAGUAUCCGUCUGAUCAGCGGCCAUAGAAACCAGGUGAAUGAAGUGAUUUUUAGCCCUAAUGAGGGACAUUUUGCCACAUGUGCAGAAGAUGGCAGCUUGAGGGUGUGGGUCAUGCAAAGUACUGAGCUGGUUGUACAGUUUCAAGUGCUUAAUCAGAGCUGUCUGUGCAUGGCAUGGAGUCCAGUGCAUCACUCAGGAGAGCUUCUUGCCAAAGAACAGCUAGUGGCUGGAUACAGCGAUGGCACGAUUCGCCUUUUCAACGUUUUAAAGACAGAAAUGGAACUGAAGAUCCAUCCACACCCAGUGGCAGUCAGUGCUAUCGCUUACUCCAUGGAUGGUGAGGUUAUUCUUUCAGGAGAUAAAGAUGGCCUUGUGGCCAUCAGUAGCCCUCGAACAGGAUUGACAGUCCGUGUUAUCAGUGACCACAGGGGUUCCCCCAUUACAACAAUUCAGUGUACAUUGAAAAAGUUUGAUGAAUUUGGGCUUCGAGGAUGUGAAAUGUGGUUGUCUGUCAGCUCCGAUCGACGUGUUAGUGUCUGGGCUGCUGACUGGCUUAAAGACCAAUGUGAACUCAUUGAUUGGCUGACGUUUCCUGCGCCUGUUGAUCCUGGGGCGUGUGACAGGAGUAAUGUGCCGCCAAGCUUAGCCGCUUUCUCACCGAGUCAAAGUGGUGAAGUGGUUUAUGUGGGAUAUGGAGUGGAGCCAGAGAUCAUCUUCUACAGUCUACACGUAAAACAGAUAAUUAGAACGAUGACAUUGUCUCACUGGGCCACCUGUUUGAGUAUCUCUCCAAAAGGCCACCUUAUAGCUGUUGGCUCGAACGAGAGACUUCUGAGAUUGAUUGAAUAUCCAAGUGGAAAUUUCCAGGAUUUGCCUGGGCACAGUGAUACUGUUCAAUUCAGUCGAUUCACACCAUCUGGGAAAUAUUUCCUGUCUACAUCGUACAAUGAGGUGUUUAUCUGGGAAGUGCAGAAACAUUCCCUGAAGCCCUGAUAC